AUUUGUCGUGCACGGACGCUCCCAUCGCCAGAUCCCUUGCGAAUUGGAGAAAGGACAAGUCGCAAUCCCAAAUUACGGAACCUUGCAUCUCUUCCUCAUCGACAGCCGUCUUCGCCGAAAGCACCAGAUACGAUGGCCGAUGUCGUGAAGAACUUCUUCGGUGGCGCCAAGGCCCCAGAGAAGCCUGCCGCUGCCGACUCUGACUUUGCCGACUUCGCAUCGGACGUGCCCGACCCCUCGCCCGCUCCCUUCCCCCCCAAUGUCAAGGCCGGGGCGACGCUGGGCGGCAGCCAGCCGACGGCGGUCCCCUACACCAAGUGGUACAAUAUCCACGAGCGCCACUCGCUGAGCGAGUUCCGCAACGAGGGCUGGAUCAUGCUGUCUAUCGCCGUUGUCGUUGUCCUGCACCUGUUCGGCGCUCGUCUUAACCGCAACAAGGCGCGCUCGUGGAUGAAGGCCCAUGUCAAGCCCCUGGCCAACGAGUUUGCCCUCGUGGGCUAUGGCGGCGUGGCCGCCGACGUCGCCACCAAGGAGGGAGAUGAGCUGAUCGAGGCUCUCCGGCAAGCCAACGAGUCCAAGGGCUCUGCUCUGCUCAAAGAGGCGUCGCUGUUCGAGUUUGCCACGUACGCGACUGGUCGCCAAAACGUCGCCUUCAUGGACGUCAAGAUGACGCUCAUCAAGCGCUUCAACCCCUUCCUCAGCGGCCCCGAGAUGCUCCUCAGCUUCUUCCUCGACAGCGUGCCCACCCCUGAAGACUCGGUCACGGCCAUCAUCUACCCCUUUGACGGCAAGGAGUCCAUGAUCGUCCCCGGCAUGCCUGGCGCCGCUGAGCUCAGGUCCAAAGAUGCCAAGAGCGGGUACGACAACUUUGUUUGGGCUCUGGUCAACAAGGACCGUAUGAAGCAGCUGCGCGAGGAGCGUUACGACGUCUCCAUCACCUACACCAAGGACCACCCCAAGCUUCCGGCCUGGCUGAGUGUUAUGAGCGAGAGCGCCGAGAUUACCGACGCCCUCCUGACUCCGCAACUGAUCGAUGCCGCCAAGCAGGCCGGCGACCUUCUCGACUACAUCAUCGUCUCUGACCAGCCCGUCGAUAAGCCCACAACCAUCGACGAGACCACCCCGCGCAAGCGCCUUUUCAUCAAGUACCGGAUGCCGGGCGACAACAACUACGAGUCGCUGCUCCCCCUAUUCUCGUACUUCCUCCGCAUGCCGGACCAUCUCGUCCAGGUCGCCCAUUUCCGGGCCGAAGUUCUCCGCAAGGUCAAGAGCGUUCGUGACGAGACCGUCCGUCAGAUCCAAAAGGCAAGCGAGGAGGAGAAGAACGAGGAGCGGGCCAUGGAGCGCGAAAAGCUGCGCAAGGCCAAGCGCGACGCCGAGCUCAACGCGCUCGACGCCAAGGCGCAGAAGAAGUACCUCGAGAAGGAGCGCGAGAAGCUGCUGCGCAAGUCUACCAAGAGGUCCACCACGCGAGCCUAGUUGACGAAAGCACAGGGUAACCAGUGUGGUAUCUCCCGCGAUGUGGGAAACGAACAUGUUGGAGGAAAGGCGGUUGGCGAAGUAUCGGAUUUUUCUUGGUUAGGCGCUUGGUGUCUUUCGUUUCCAAUGGAGAAUGUACAAAAGCGAAGUGAGAACAAAGCGUGGGGCUGGGACCAGGCUGACCCCCUGUGUUUUUAAUCUAUGAAUCUGGAGAUACCUGGGUUGCUAUGUGUCUGCUUAUCUCUCUCCCAGGCCGUAAUCAUGCAAACAUCAAUCCGAUACCCGAGGGGACUCAUUAAUUCCCAGAAACUCACGCUGAUGCCCCCUUGCCACGCUGCCCUCAGCGCAAUAAAUCACCUCCUGUUGCUCAACCUAUGUGGAGUAAGGAUUGUCAUGGGUGAA